CGCCAUGUAGGCGCCGUUACCGGAGCCCGAGGGCAAUAUGGAGGCAGCCGGCGACAGCGACGCCGCGGAGCCUCCUCGGCCCAACCUCGAGCCCCGGCACCGCGAGCUCAUCCCCACCCCCUGCGGGCCCAUAAAGCCUUGUUCAGAGCUGUCGUUUCCUGUCAAGAUCUACUUCUGUGUGACUAUUUUGUCUCUGCUGAGUGUAAUAGGGCUCACCAUAGAGACACUCAUUCAGCAAACUGAGGAAAAUUUCACCAUUUCUUUUAUACAGUUAGUUGGAGUUGUGUUCUGUGUAUAUUACGUGACUAGAGGAAUCCUGCAGGAGAAUCGCCAGGAACUUGUCGUCUUUGUUCUUUCUAUCUUGCUAGUGAUGUUUCGUUCCAUUAUCAACUUCGCAGUUCUUUCAGAUGAACAGAAGCCAAAACUCCUGGCCCGCUUCAUCCUGAUUCUCCUGGUUGGCUCCUUCGAUGUGAUCUGUGCCCUCAUCCUCAUUCAGAGUGAAAGCAUGAUGGCCUUCCGUGUGGGCGGCGCUCUCGAAAGCCUGCAGUCACAGUACUUCAUGCUGAAUCUCUGUUUUUCCAUGUUGACCUUUGAUCUUCAGGCACAGCUCUGCUUGUGUAUUGUGCUGACAAGCCUGCGUGAAACCACCCUUCUCCACACCAUCCUCUCAGCAACAGGAGUGCUCUGGGCAUGCCUCAAAGUGACCAUUAGCAUCAUCGCAAUUCUAAAAGAACUGAAACCUCUGGUGUGGAUUUUUCUAAGCCAGAAUGUACCUGAAGUUGUUUUUCUCAUCUACCUGCUUUAUAUGGUAGUAACAGAGUGGGGCAAAGGAAAUUCUUAUACUCUGGAAGCUGCUGUCAUUACUGGUACCUGCAUUUCUGUUGCAAUAAAAUGUGUUUUGCUUUGGGCAUUGAUUCAUGUCUACCGCAGCUUUGGACAAGGGCUGAGAGAAAGAAUGUUUUCUUCCUAUGGAAGGAUUGACUCCUGAGCAUUCCCUCUGUGGUUGAUCUGCAGCUCUCAGCGUGAAACUCUGAAGUUUCUCCAUAAGUGGGAAAGUUCUGAUCAUGCACUUGCAUUCAGAAUACAAAAAAAAAAAAGGGGUCAUUUUUGCUGAGAUGGGAGAAAUUGUUUGGAAAAGCUAUCCCAAAAGGGGGCAAAGAGACUCAACUUUUUGAUAUUACAAAAUCAUUGUUCAACAUCUAUACAUUUUUAUACAUGGUUUCAUACAUGGUUUAUACUGUGCUUGGAAACUACAGCAGUGUAGCUAGUAACCUAGCUUAAAAGCAAAGUACACUCUAGAACUUAACAAUAAUCCUCUCCUUCAGUAUGUCUUGCUGACAGAACAAGAUGUCUUUCACCAUUUUCCUUAAUAAUGUUUUGCAGCUGCAGGAGAUUCAUGAGUGGGAAGUAACAUAAGUGCUGGUUUAAUCAGUCCACCAACAUAAUGAAGACAAUUUGCACAGCAGUCUUUUUUUUUUUUUCCUACUGGCUCUUGAAGUAGAUUGCCCUGCUGUCAUUUCACCACAGCUGUGCUGCUGAACAGAGGUUACUAGAGCAUAACCCAAGCAAAGUGAGAGGCUUUUCAUAAGCCUCUAAGUUGUUUUGAUUCCCCAGUCUGCACCCUCACAGAAUACUUAGGGUUUUUUCCUUUUUUUCUUUUUUUAAUCCCAACUAUACAUUAGAUCUAUGUAGUUUAAUCUUAUGUUCUGACUCUGAAAAUGGAUCUAACUGAUGUGCCAUUUCAUGUCCAGUGGUGAUUCUUAGAAAAAAAAAUUACAAGUUUCUUAUUUUACUAGUUGCAAGCAUUUUUACUGACUGUGUAUU